UGGAAGCGAAUGGUGACGAAAGUGUGUUUCGUUGGCGACGGCUUCACCCGAAAACCGCCCAAAUUUGAGCGCUUUAUCCGUCCGAUGGCCCUGAGGUUCAAGACGGCGCACGUGACGCACCCGGAGCUGAGGGCGACCUUCAGUCUGCCGAUCAUCGGCGUGAAGAAGAACCCGAGUUCGCCGAUGUAUACGUCGUUGGGUGUCAUCACGAAGGGAACGGUCAUCGAAGUGAACAUCAGUGAGUUGGGUCUCGUGACCCAAUCGGGGAAAGUGGUGUGGGGUAAGUACGCUCAGGUGACCAAUAACCCGGAAAAUGAUGGCUGUAUUAACGCCGUACUACUCGUCUGA